GAGCGUGCCGGGAAACAAAUAAAACUGCAGGAGACGGCCGGUGGUGGCAAGUCGAGCACUUGAGUCUCAAGCCACUCACGUCUCCUUUGACUCACUGCCCGACUCCUCUGCUCCGAAGCACCCCUGAACCUCAGCUCAGAUCGGGGUGCCGCAGCCCUCCAGCAUACUUGUCCUCGUCUCCGGACGCGUCCCGCCGCCUCCUCGGUUCCAGGCUCUGUCCCUCUCAGCCUUCACCCGCAAGUCAAGCCUAGCCCCUACCAGGCCCCGUGAGCAUCAAGAUGAAGGCGGCCCGCUUCGUGAUGCGCAGCGCCCGCUCGCUGAGCAGCGCCGGCCUGGUCCCCCGCGAGGUCGAGCAUUUCUCGCGCUACAGCCCGUCCCCGCUGUCCAUGAAGCAGCUGCUGGACUUUGGUUCGGAAAAUGCAUGUGAAAGAACUUCUUUUGCAUUUCUGCGACAAGAAUUGCCUGUGAGGCUCGCCAAUAUCCUGAAGGAAAUUGAUAUCCUCCCCGAUCGAUUAGUAAAUACCUCUUCAGUGCAGUUAGUUAAAAGCUGGUAUAUCCAGAGCCUGAUGGAGUUGGUGGAAUUCCAUGAGAGAAGCCCAGACGACCAAAAAGUGUUAUCAGAUUUUGUAGAUACUCUCAUCACAGUUCGAAAUAGACAUCAUAAUGUUGUUCCUACAAUGGCACAAGGAAUCAUAGAAUAUAAAGAUAGCUGUACAGUUGAUCCGGUCACCAAUCAAAAUCUUCAGUAUUUCUUGGAUCGAUUUUAUAUGAACCGUAUUUCUACCCGGAUGCUAAUGAACCAGCACAUUCUUAUAUUUAGUGACUCACAGACAGGAAACCCAAGCCACAUUGGAAGCAUUGAUCCAAACUGUAACGUAGCUGCAGUGGUCCAAGAUGCCUUUGAGUGUUCGAGAAUGCUUUGUGAUCAGUAUUAUUUAACAUCUCCAGAAUUAAAGCUCACACAAGUGAAUGGAAAAUUUCCAGGGGAGCCGAUUCACAUUGUGUACGUUCCUUCUCACCUUCACCACAUGCUCUUUGAACUAUUCAAGAAUGCAAUGAGGGCAACAGUUGAACACCAGGAAAACAAGCCUUCCCUUACACCAGUUGAGGUGACUGUUGUCUUGGGAAAAGAAGAUCUUACAAUUAAGAUUUCAGACAGAGGAGGUGGUGUUCCCCUGAGGAUCACUGACCGUCUCUUUAGUUACAUGUAUUCCACGGCACCAACGCCUGUGAUGGAUAAUUCCCGAAAUGCUCCUUUGGCUGGUUUUGGUUACGGUUUGCCGAUUUCUCGUCUAUAUGCCAAGUACUUUCAGGGAGAUCUGCAUCUCUACUCUUUAUCGGGAUACGGAACAGAUGCUAUCAUCUACUUAAAGGCUUUGUCUUCUGAGUCUGUAGAAAAACUGCCAGUCUUUAAUAAAUCAGCCUUCAAACAUUAUCAGAUGAGCAUUGAGGCAGACGACUGGUGUAUCCCAAGCAAGGAACCAAAGAAUCUGGCAAAGGAAAAAGUGGCUGUGUGAUGAGGAACACUCAGGACACUUGAAGGGAUCAAAGUGGGUCUACAGCAGUGCUGCUUCCUGAAUGUUUGCAUGUGAACGCUCGGUCCCUCAAAAACAAACAACCGCCACAAAAACUCGUUGAGCAGAACACCGAAGGGAAGAGGAGCAAAACUCUUUUCUGUGACCCAGGAAAGCACAGCGCAGGACUACAGGAGUGAACAGAUGGCCAGCUCUUUAUUCUUUUCACUUAGAAUAAUGCUUGGGUUUAUAUCAAAUCCUAAAGAACAUAAUAAGCCUCAAUUUUUCAUCUGUUUAUCAACAACAAUGGGAAAGGGAGCAAAGUGAAGCUACAGGCUAGCAGUUUCAGGAGACUGAUAUUUUAGACCUCUGGUUGGCAUCAUAAGAUAUUAAUAUUUAUGAGAUAUCAAGUGUCAAUUAUACCAGUAAUUUUCCUGCCAUUCAAAGCACUAGGGUUACGUGUACACUAGAUGAUUAGAAAUGUAUAUGAAUGUACAUUUUGUGUUCAUUAUAUAUCUAUGUGCUCUAGAGAGGGAAAACUGGUAACUAAAAUAACAUUCACUUUGAAUAAGGAAUGAGUCAAAACAUGUUAUUCAAAGUUACAGCCAAGGCAUUGAGCCUAUGUGAAAACUCAGAAGAAAGCCUUUUCUGAUAAAUACAGGAUCUUUCUUAUGCUGCUUUCCCUGUUAACACUUCACAUAAUAAGUGAACACUUAGUACCAGGUGCCUAGUCUUCAGUGAAUUUUAAAAUAUACACUGAAUUCAGGAUGUUGGCGGUUGGUGAGAGAGAAAGAAUUGCCAAAGUGAUAGCAAAAAUAUCCCUCACCUUGCUUUGUUUAUAAAUGAAAUAGUAGAUUGGGAAAACUAAUGUUAGGAAAUGAAAUCAUGCAUUCAGAACCUAACAAAGUAGGAAGGGCUGUUCUCUACUCUGCAGUGGUGGUGAUGCAAAGGCACCUAUUUUCUAGGUUUUAAAAGAUGUAUUUUUGAUAUACUUAGUUAUAUUCUCUACACUCCACCAUUAACAUGUCUUUAAAAAAAUAUUCCCAAUUAUCAAAUGGCUCAAGAACAUUAGAAUUUAAAUACUUCUUGGUGUAUAUUUAACAAGUAGCCUGGGAGUAAGAGGACUUCAUGCUAGGGAUACUUUCAUUUGUGAAUCACUGAGAUUGAAAGCUAACGAAUGACAGCUGUAAUGCAUUUGGAACUUUUGGGGAGUUCAAGUAUGCAGGUUGAAAGGGAAGAAAUGAAAAAACAAAAAAAGAAAAGAAGGAAAGAAGGUGGGAAAGAAGGAAGGAUGGAAGGGAGGGAGGGAGAGAGAAAGGGAGGAAAAGAAA